AGGUGAGGACAGUCGCUCUAUGGGAUGGGGAGUACAGCAGGUUGUGUGAUGACAGGACUGUAUGAGGAGGCACGGUGAGAGUUAGAGCCCACCCCACCUCCCUCUCACCCAGCUGGCAGUUCCCAUACAGGGCAAUAAGGACCCCCGCUGCUUCCUCUCCAUCACUCCCCACUCUCUGUUAUCACACAUGGCACCCAGCCCUCCUCCCCCUCACUCACACAUCCCAGAUGGAUUGCAGCCUCCCAGGCUCUGACAAGCAGCUCUCCUCUCCCAGCUCUCCUCUUCCACCGGAUUCCAUGGGCUGCAGGCUACAAAGGAGCCAAGGUGUCAUCCUCGCUAUGUCCUGUUUCUGGUUAGCGGUUACAGCUUCGUAUGCUAAGCACAAUGUUCAGCUGCCAGACCUCUCUCCACUGUGGCCUCCGCACUACCAGUAUUUCACCGACAGCAACCAGCUGCCAGUCAUCUCCGGGGGAACCUGUCGGGUGGUUUCCGCUCAUCGUUGCUGCAACAGGAACCGUAUCGAGGAACGUUCUCAGACCGUCCAGUGCUCCUGCCUCCCCGGUAAAGUAGCCGGAACGACGCGAGACAAACCCUCUUGUGUGGACGCUUCCAUUGUGAUGGGGAAAUGGUGGUGUGACAUGGAGCCUUGUCUGCAGGAAGAGGAAUGUCAGACGCUUCCCGAUAACUCCGGCUGGAUCUGCUUCCAGGGAGGCCGCGUAAAGACCACCAAGAUUCACCCACAAUACUGAGACGUCUGGAGGAAUCCCUAAGGACGAUUGUACAUUUUCUCAUUCAGUGGGCGGUAUUCAAUUCUUUUCACCCCCCCUUUCACACCCGUUCUGUUUCUGCUGACAGGCGUGGUAUAAUCAUUUCAGCUCGGUACCCCUGGGGUAACGAGGACGCCCAACCCUUUGCCCAGCUAAACCUGAUUACUAUGGGCGCGAUAUGCGCGAUAACGGGGAUCACAUUAGAAAGGAGAUUGGGCGCGAUAUAUCAUUUGAAUACCGCCCAGUGUAUAUAGCAGUUUGGGAUCACGGAAGCACUGCGUGCCACCGUUCGGUCUCCCCUAGAGGUGGAGUCUGAGUCGGGGGAAGUGGGCACACUGCCGGUCACAGAGUGACAUUCACUGGCAUUGCCUCCUAAUGACUUACGGACAGAAAAGAGCAAGAAGGAAAAAAAAUGUAAAUAAAUAAAUAAAUCAUGUAAAA